GGGUGACAGUGGAAACAGCAUUAGUCUGAACUAAAUUAUUAUUAGAUAACAAGUCUUUUGUUGGAGUAUCAUGGCUCUGGUUUUUGAGUUUCGUUUCCUCUUGAUCUCUCACCUUUUACUUGUUUCAGCUAGGUAUGGACAUGCGAGCCAUAAUAAGUGUCCUAGAUCGUUUAACUGCGGAAAACCUGGGAGCAUCCGGUUCCCUUUCACCAAGGUAGAAAGGCCAGACUGUGGCUUACUGAUGGUUCGUAAUUGUGAUGAUCCAAAUGCAUCUUCAGAAAAAAUUAUUGAACUAGAGAAGGAACCCUGGCAGCUUACUAGAGCCCCUCGCCAAUCACAUAGCGUUACGGUUUUCAACCCAGAUUUACACACUCGCUUACAAUCCAAUGGCUCUUGUGAAGCCCUCAAGAAUAAUAUCAGUCUUCCUGCGAAAGCACCUUUGAUUUCUUCUUAUAUCAAAUAUAACAUAACACUCUUUAAAUGCCACCACCACCUCAAUGUCAGCAUCCCAACUGGUUUUAUUAAAAAUCCCUGUCCUGGUUUUGAUAUAUAUCAUUACAGCCGAGACGCUAAUCUUAAACCUGUCGAAGAAAGCUCCUUCUCAGCAUGUUCAACUGUGGUGCUUCCCAAGAAAGACUGGCCUGAUAGCACAGACCUUCAAUCGUUCUUAUCUGCACAAAUGGCUCUUGAGGUACGAUUGUCUGAUGGUUGUGAGAAGUGUUACAACGACCAAGGAGGCUACUGUCGACUGGACAACAACAAUAACUUCUACUGCGACAAUGCAAGGAAACUUUGGAAGCUGGCACUGGGACUUGGGCUAGGUCUAUUUGUUGGAGUUUUAGGCAUGUUGAUAGUUUGGCGGCGACUUCGACAGCAUUACAAACGAAAGUAUCCAUCAGACAACCAAUUGCAAGUAACAAGCAAUUAUGCAAUUGAUCCGUACUCCAAUGCAGACCGAGAAAGUGGCAGAAUCUACUUGGGGGUGCCACUCUUCUCGUACGAGGAGCUUAAGAAAGCAACAAAUAACUUUGAUCGUUCAAGAGAACUGGGAAAUGGAGGCUUUGGCUCUGUUUACUAUGGAAAACUCCAAGAUGGGCGUGAAGUUGCAGUUAAGCGCUUAUAUGACCACAACUAUCGGCGAGUUGAGCAAUUCAUGAAUGAGAUUGAGAUGCUAACUCGCUUGCACCAUCCAAACCUUGUGUCCCUCUAUGGCUGCACUUCAUGCCGUAGCUGUGAGCUUCUCCUUGUUUAUGAAUACGUUCCCAAUAGAACAGUUUCUUGUCAUCUCCAUGGUGAACCAGCAAAUCGCAGUUUACUACCAUGGCCUGUAAGAAUGAAAAUUGCCAUAGAAACUGCAACUGCAUUGGCUUUUCUCCAUGCUUCUGACACCAUUCAUCGAGAUGUCAAAACUAACAACAUCCUUCUUGACAAUAACUUUUCAGUUAAGGUUGCAGAUUUUGGACUUUCAAGAUUGUUUCCUGAUGAUGUUACCCAUGUUUCCACUGCCCCACAAGGGACUCCUGGUUAUGUUGACCCAGACUAUCACCAAUGCUACCAGCUUACUAGCAAAAGUGAUGUGUAUAGCUUUGGGGUGGUGCUUAUCGAACUGAUAUCAUCUAUGCCAGCAGUUGAUAUGAGCAGGCCUAGAGAUGAGAUAAAUCUAGCAAAUCUAGCUGUAAAUAAGAUUCAAAGAAGUGCAUUUGGGGAGCUGGUGGAUCCUUGUCUCGGUUUUGAGUCAGACAAUGAGGUGAGGAGGAUGAUAGUUUCAGUGGCGGAGCUGGCUUUUCAGUGUUUACAAAAGGAAAAGGAAUUGAGACCUUCCAUGGAUGAGGUUUUGGAGAUUCUGGAGAGAAUAGAGAGUGGGAAUGAGGAGCUUAAUCAGAUUGAAGAAGUUGAUGUUAAUGGUGCUAUUGGGAUAUCACACAGUGGUCCUUUACAUUCAUCUUCACCACCUUCACCGGAUUGCGAUGAGAUCGGAUUAUUGAAAAGUAUCACGUCAUUGCCUUCACCUGCAGCCGUGACUGAUAAAUGGCAUAGCGAAUCAACUACAAAUUUUGGGAGUUCUUAAUAAUCAUUCAUCAUACUGAUUUAUUAAAGAUCAUAGUGAUUACAGAGGUUGUGGAUGUAGAUAUAAAUGAAAAUUCAAAUGUACGUUCUAUUUGUAAGGGAUAAUUACACGAAGAUAUUAAGUUGAUUAUAUUUUAAUUAGGUUAAUUAUGACAACCAUAA